AAACAGGGUGUGGUUCUGAAACUUGCCUGCUCUCUAGUAGUACUUUAAAUGGACUCCAACGAUUGUGCUCCCAUAGUAAUCACAUCCUCACUUCUACACAGAGCUUCUUCCACACACGCCUACGAUCACAUCUUUCAGCUCUUGUUGGAUAUUUCUGCUAUUGGAAUCUGAACUGGAAGAUUUGUUGGCUUCCACCCUGCCAACCUCCUCAGCGCUGUGGCUCCAUUCUGGGGGUUGAUUGCCUGCCUGCCCGCCCUGGCUUUUAUAGCUACUUCCCCACCAACAGGAGCUGAGGACUCAGCAGGGGGGUGUUUUAGGAAAAGAGGCAAGAAUUCAACAUGCUGCGAGAAGCUGGAUUGAAUAUUUUAGACUUCUAUAACGAUCUGCUGUCAAGAUGCGCUUGGGGAUUGCAGUGUUAUGCUCCACAGUCUCCACUUGGCUGCAGCUGCCCUCAGUCUCCUCUUCGAUGAAGUGUAUCCUUACUGUGGCUGAAAAACUCCAGGGUCAAAGACUAUCCGUUGGUAACGUGUCCCAUCAAGAUGACCUCCAUCCUGGUGACCUAUGUUGUCUUCGCCGUCUACGUGGGACCUCGCCUGAUGGCCAACCGCAAGCCUUUCCACCUGAACACGGCCAUGAUCAUCUACAACUUCAGCAUGGUCCUACUCAACUCGUACAUCGUCUAUGAGUUCAUGAUGUCUGGAUGGGCCACCACCUUCACAUGGAAAUGCGACCUUAUUGACCCUUCCAACACUCCGCAGGCACUUCGGAUGGUGCGAGUGGCUUGGCUCUUUUAUUUUUCCAAAUUCAUUGAACUCAUCGACACAGUAUUCUUUGUGUUGAGGAAGAAACAAAACCAGAUCACUUUUCUCCACGUGUUUCAUCACUCUGUCAUGCCCUGGUCGUGGUGGUGGGGCGUCAUGCUGACUCCUGCUGGAGGAAUGGGCUCCUUCCAUGCAAUGGUCAACUCAGGCGUCCAUGUCAUCAUGUACACAUACUACGGGCUUUCUGCCGCCGGACCACGCUUCCAGAAGUAUUUGUGGUGGAAGAAGUACAUGACUGCCAUUCAGCUUACGCAGUUCAUCCUGGUGUCAGUGCACAUCAGCCAGUACUACUUCAUGGAGAAGUGUGACUACCAGGUGCCCCUGUGGAUCCACCUCAUCUGGAUGUACGGCGUCCUCUUCUUCAUCCUCUUCUCCAACUUCUGGGUGCAGGCCUAUAUCAGGGGGAACCGACUCCCAGCCAAAGACCUCAAGAAAAGGCACAACGGCUUAGCCGGGGAGGGCGUCAACGUGGUGGCCAACGGCAAUCACCAGCAGCACAAUGGUGACGCACACCACCACCACCACCACCACACGAAUGGGAAAGUGCAGCUCGGCAAAGUGAAGGAGAUCUAACUCAAUUCUACCACAACGGUAGAAUAACCAAGUCUAGUCUUUUGUUGAUUCACGUGUGCGGAUAUGAAUGACAUGUUGUGUUGUUUGUUUUGCCAGUGAUCUCGUCUCUCUCGCCACACUUGUUGUGUUUGUUGCCACACAGUGAUGCACACGCAUACACACGAUGUAUGAAGAUUGGUGCUCCUUUUCUCACAUUUUCUGACCUGAUGAGCCUUAUAAAGAGUAUCACACACUUUCACUGAAGACUAGCAUGUGUAAAUAACCUCUGCAAAGUUUAUGAUGAAAGAGAAAAAAAUGUGCAUUGUAUAUGUCAUAUAUUUAGAUGUUUUUUUUUUAUUUAUCUAUCUUUUGAAAUAAAACACAUUUUAGAUAAAGGUCGGUGUCAUUUGGAAAGCAGCCACAGUUCAAGUUUUCAAUUUGUAAAGAAUUUCACUGAAUUGUUUUGUUACUGUAUAUUACAGUGUUGGUGAAUUUUUGCACAUAUGCAUAACUCAGUAAGGCCACACAAACAGAAACGUGCUUAAUCCAUACUUGAUAUUUCUUUUUUUGGCAAACUGUGAUCUGUGAAGGAUUUCUUUUCUCAUGAGGUUGACAGUGCUACACAAAGUAUACUGUUAUUAAAUCUUUA